AUGCUCUCAACAACGUUAUGGACGGCGGCCCUCGCGGCUUUUCAAUUAACCGCCCCAGUUGUUGCCCAGUCGCAGAAUGAUCCCUGCCGGAUUGUCGCUAAGAGUCAGCUGGAGGCGGCAAGCAAGAUCAAAAUCCAGAAGACAGGAGAUAUUCUUCUCGCCCCAUUCGAUGCUGAGACCGCAUACAAGUGUGCGACUUCAGUGAAACUGGAUUUCGAUGAAGCUGCUACGACCAUCCAGAUUCUCAAGCUGUACUAUGGACUCCAGACCACGAUUCCCUACCUUAAGAAUCCCCCCAAGUCAUACCAGCAGCCAGCAGUGGAUGUCAUGGGUCGCUUCGACGCCAUCGCAGACAAGAUCAAGAAGAAGACGUAUAAGAAUCAGUAUGAACUGGACAUCGACAUCAACUCCAUUAUCAUUGACACACACGAGGGCCACUUCCAGUUCGCGGCCGGCGUGAUCCAGAUCUUCCAAUGGAUUCUACCUGACAGUCUUGUCACCAUUUCUUCCGACGGCAAGGCCAUUCCUCAGGUGUACACCUACUCUGAUGUCUACAACAAGAUCCCGAAUGCUUCGCCCGUGGUCGAGAUUGAGGGCGAGACCGUCUUCAACUACCUUCGCAACUACACCUCGCGCACCAACCUGGGCUUGGUUGAUCCCCACGCCGACUAUAACGCCAUGAAUCUCAACCCGGCCUACCAGUUUGGUAUCUCAGGCGCUAGCACUGGUUUGUCUUACUAUUUCAACUCCUUCCAGAGCACCUAUGUGUACAACGGAAAGUCGCUCAAGGGCCGUUUCGCCAAUGGAACCAACUUUGAGUGGCAGUAUGUUGCGGGAUCUAGCGCCAACCUGACGGCCAGCGGCUGGCUCAGCGGCGACCUCAUCUACAGCAGGAAAAUCGUCAACAGACAGGCCCUGUCUGGCAGAACUGACAUUGACGAUGAGGAUGUGGUGCCCGUGCCUGAGGAGGAAUUGCCGAGUCUGCAGAACUUGGUGCGCGGACGAGGAGUGACAAUCAACACCCGGGCUACCACUUCCCUCACCAAGGUCCCCUUCGACAGCUACCCCAGCAGUCCCGAUACCAAGCAGGACUCCUUUGGUUUUGGCGGAACCGUGUCCGGAUACAUCCUCAAGGAUGCCUCCAUCGGAGUACUGAGUCUUCCCAGCUUUGCAAAUGGCAAGGACGCACCUGGGCCUACUUUCAGCGACGCCGUUGCCGACUUCAUUAGCAAAGCCAAGAGCGCAAACGUGAAGAAGAUCGUCAUCGACCUCUCGGGCAAUGGCGGAGGCUCUGUCUUCCAGGGUUACGAUACCUUCAGGCAGUUCUUCCCUACCGUCGCGCCAACACUCGCUUUCCGCACCCGCAGCAGCGACCUCUCCAACACAUAUGGAUCUUUCCUGACCUCCGUCUCCACCGACAGCGGCAGGGUCUUCAGCCAGAACUACAUCCGGGCCAUUGCCCAGACCUUCGGUAACGUCGCCUCGCUCAACUCUGCCUUCACCACCAAGACGGACGGCAGCAGGUGGUCUUCCUGGAAGGACUUCUAUGGCCCCAACGACGUCUACGGCGACAAGUACACCAACCUCGGGUACUACAACCUGUCCAGCACCCUCAUCGCCAGCGAUCUGGGCCAGUACGUCACCGGCUACGGCUCCAGCUCCACCCCCAAGCAGCCCUUCGACGCCAAGGACAUCAUCCUGCUCCACGACGGCCACUGCGCCAGCACGUGCACCAUCUUCUCCGAGCUCAUGAAGGUCGACGGCGGCGUCAAGAGCGUCGUCGUGGGCGGCAUCCCCCAGAACGGCCCCAUGCAGGGCGUCAGCGGCACCCGCGGCAGCAACCUCCAGAAGAUAGACCUCUACAGCGCCAUCACCGAGAACAUCGUCGAGGCCGCCUCCAGCUUCUCCAACAAGGACACCUUCCUUAAGACGACGGGCCUGACCUCGAGCGCCAUCCAGUCCCUGCCCGCGACGCUCGCCGAGGCGCCCUGGACCAUGACGGGCGGCGUCAACGCCCUCGACGAGAUCCGCCUCUCGAGCCCCAACGACCCGCGCCAGUUCGUCUACGAGGCGUCCAACUGCCGCAUCUUCUACACGGGCGACAUGGUCCGCGACGUCACCCAGCUGUGGAUCGCCGCCGGCAAGUACGCCAGCGGCGACACAUCCGUCUGCGUCCCCGGCUCCCAGGACGCGCCCGGCUCAGGCCGCAACAAGACCGUCACCGACUACCCGGGCUUCUCCCACGACGAGGUCUGGGACAAGGCCAACUCGACGGACGUGCCCAGCGUCUCGGGCGGCGGGGACAAGGAGGACUCCUCCUCCUCGGCCGGGUCGGCGGUGCGCGUCGGGCUGGCGGGUGUGCUGGGCCUGGCGGUCGCCGCGGCCGUCUUGUUAUGA